AUGACUUUCCAAAUUCCCCAAAACAAGUGCUCAUUGAAUGUCCAAGGCCUUGGUACAAUUGAUGGCUGGCACUAUGCAGACGGGGUGGAACAGUACUGUGGCAUUCCAUACGCCGACCUCCGAAAACGCUGGACCCGUUCUGAAUUGAAGACGUCCUGGCCAGGCAGAUACCAUGAUGGAACUCAAUUGGGCAACAACUGCCCCCGGCCCCAGGUCUCGGGUAGUGAUUCCAGCCCAAUAAAUCCGUUUAUCCCAGUUCCCCCAAACCCAACGUUCACAAGAACUCCCAUCAGCGACGAAAAGACGGCCCUCAUCCUCAACAUCGUCACAGCUCAACGGCCAUCAGUCAAGUCGACACACCAAAAGCUCCCCGUCUUCGUAUGGAUACAUGGUGGAUCGUUGUUAUUCGGAAGCGCGAACUACGGCAUAUACGACACCGUGAACCUUGUGUCGCAUAGCAUAGCCGCUAGACUACCUAUAGUCACCGUGAGCAUCAACUACAGGCUGGGACUCGGUGGGUUCCUAGCUGGCGCGAAGAUCGGAGAAGAGCUCAGGCGCGACGGUUUCGCUGGGAACGGAAACUUUGGUUUCACGGACCAGAAAGUUGCUCUCGACUGGGUACAAGAAUAUAUCGAGGAUUUUGGUGGAGACCCUGGGAAUGUAACGGUUGUUGGACAGUCCGCUGGAGGCGUCAGCAUUGGCCACCACAUGGCGUCGAAUCAUCCGAUGAAGUUUCACCGUGCAGUCUGUAUGUCUGGCCUUGGGCCAACUUUGCGUGCAAUGUCGCUUGAGAACCAUGAAGAAAUUUUCCAUAGUGCCUGUCACUAUUUCUCCAUUGAUCCACACACCCAAGACGCAUUGGAUCAAUUGCGUCGAGUUGAUCAGCAAGCCCUGGCUGACGCAGAUAUUAUUAUCCAGGGUGGGACCGCCGAUACUGGAAAUCCAUGCUUGGAUGGGUGGUUCUACGCACAUGAGCCUCAAGACCUCACGGAAGCACCGAGCUGGGUGAAGAGCUUCAUGUUUGGUGAUGUUCACGACGAGGGGGUCAUCUUUGUCCAGAAGCUACUAAAGGACACUUACGACAUCAUUCGAGACACGCUCAUGAAAGAUGUACAAGAUGAGGCUUUUCUCGACGCAGUAUUCCGGGAAUAUGGCAUCGCUGCCGACCUGGCGCCGGAACUGCUCCUCGCUAGGGCAUGCUUAAUGGCUGCCGAAGCUGUCUUCCAAAUCCAGAAUUACCAAACCGGAAUCGUGAAUGAGCGUCUGCGAGGCGAGGGCGAACUCUUCAAAUAUCAUUUUGACCAGUGCUCUCACAUUCCCAACAUUCUCAAUGGGAAGUCUUACCAUGGAUUUGAUGUGAUAUAUCUGUUUCGCAAUCUUGACACCCAACUCAGUGAAGUGGAACGCGAGAUGGCAAGUGACCUUCAAACCGCCUGGCUUCGAUUUGCACAUGGCCUGGCACCAUGGCAGAGAGAAAUCCACACUAGCAUCUGGAAAAUUUGGGGCCCUGAUUCUCGCGAGAAUGUUGAAACAGAAGAACCAGAUGAGGCUGCUCGACACUAUUCUCGAUUCAAGCGGAUUCUGUCACUGGGUUCUGGUGGAUUAUGGGAAAGAUAUCUGAAAGGGCUAGACUCUUUGAUUAUGAAACGAGGAGAUAUUGGACACUUCGACGAGGAUGGAGUCUGA